UGAUAGAUGACUGACAUAGAACAGCAGUGUGCUGAUUCUAAUCCUUUUCCUAUGCCUGAAAAUUUUGAAAAUCCCGGACCUGACGAGGGAUUACCAACUCAAUUUAGUGCAAAUAAUACCAUGAGAGUUGAGAGAGUAUCACAGAGAAUUCCUACAAAUCAGCCCUCUUUUGAGGUCUACUUGCACACCUUGGUAAAGAAUGGUUAUCAUAGGACUGAUAAUACUACAAAUAAGAUGAAACCAGAAGUUUCUUACUUUGCUGGACAGAUGGACCCAUGACUAUUCCUUGAUUGGUUAGUUUCUUUAGAGGAAUAUUUUGACUAGUACGACUUGAAAGAGGAGAUGAAGCUUAGAUUGUUCAUUUGCAAUUGAUUGGUCGUACUAAACAGUGAUGAGAGUCCAUUAAGUGAGGCUUAGAGUUAGAAGACAUGAGCUAAGGGCUUGGUAAGAAAUGAAGCACGAGUUGAAGAACAAGUAUCUACCAGAAAAUAUCAAAAGGAAGCUCUCCGUUCAACAACCACCAAAAGGCCUUCAAAGCUGAAGAGAGCUUGAAGCAGCCAUCUAUAAAAUUCAGUUCGGAAAUUGGAAAAUGUUGGAAGUCUGACAUGUGCAAUGUUAAAGCACAAGCUGAGCUCAACUUUGCACCGCCAAAGGAAGAAACAAAGGAAAUAGUUAAAAGAGGAGGAGCUUAUCACUUUAAAUGAGCUGGCAAAGGAGAAUCCAGUUUUCUUACACAAGUUUGAUUGCAAUUGUGAAGGCAAAGAGGCGACAACAAUCAUAGAGGAAUCAAUGAUUCAAGCUGAAAAUCAGGUUCUUUGCAAGGCAAAAGAUUGUCCUUCACUUCAAGAGGUAAAGCCUACUGUUGAAGAUAAAGAUGAAGAAAUCAAAACAGUUUGCAACGACAAAGAUGAGACAAUGCUUGAAGAUUUUAAAGAAGAGAUUCAACAUGUAGAAAAUUCUGUUGUGGAAGAUGACGUUGCCAUACUCAAAGAAGAUAGCAAAGACAAGGUUGCAGCAGAGAUACUAGAUGAGGUCAUGGUUAAGGAAGACUUCAAGAAUACUCCACUUGAAGCCGUGAAUAUUAAAGAUGCUAUUGUUACUGUGGAGGAUUUCAUAGAGUUCAUGAUUCCUUACUACUUCUACGAGAAGGUUCCCAAGGUUGCGGAUUUUUUUCAUAUCUUCCAUGUGCUGCCAGAAUUUUAUUUUAGACUGAAGACGCAUGCUACUCCUGCAGUGUUCAUUUUACGCCACUACAAAACUUGUGGACGAGUUUUUUCAAGCCGGAGAGAAUUGGUGCAGUAUGUAGAUACCAGUAGCAAUGCCAGGAGAAGAAGAAUGGCUUGCGGUUUCAUGAAUUUCUUAAUUCUUAGUUUAUCUAGAAAUCUAUUCAUUAUGUGUUCUAGUUCAGGCUGGAUUAGGAAUCUAUAAGUCCACUCCAGUUAUGAAUUGAUUUCCUUUCAUUAUGUUAAGUCAUUGUUGGUUUAGGAACACUCCAAACCUAACUGGAGGUUUUUGAGUCAGUUUUGGAUAGCUAAUUUGAUUAAUGAUUUAGGCUAUUUCUAGUCAUGUUAGGAGUCAUUUUUGAGAGUCUAUAUGUAUUUAUGUAACCAGCCAUAAGGCACACAAAUUUGGGUAAUGAAAGAUUGGCUUUUUGCCUCCGUUAUUCUGUGAGAAUCAGAAUAACUUUUAAUGGGAUGCAAUGAGACCCUUUGUGGAUGCUAAUGUAAGCUGGUGGGAUUCCAGACAAGUUCCAGGUGGGAAGCUUUUGUUUCAUAUGUCUUCUUCUUUUUUA